AUGCUCGGCUCGCCAUCGUCACCAUUGCCAAUAUUGUCCUCAUCACCAACGCCACCACUCUCAUCACCAACGCCACCACUCUCAUCUCCAACGCCACCACCCUCGCCGCCCACGCCGCCUCCGCCGCCCCUGGCGGACGCCUACUCCAACUUCGUGCUGGCCAAGCGGCAGGCCCAGGACAACCUGCGCCAUCAGCCGCUGCCAGACACCGUCGAGGACGCCCUCUACCGCUCUGGCCGCGGAGGCGAGGGUGCGCUCUCGGAGGUGGAGCCUAGAGCGGCGGCCGUGGGGUGGCGCGGCUGGGGGCCGUCCGCCCCCGGGCCCACGCAGUGCAGCAAGCUGCGCGUCUACCGGCCCCACCCACCGCCCCCAGCGCCGGCGCCAGGAACCCCGCCAACCCUCCAACAUGCGCCGCAGCCGCUGUCGGCGAUCCAGCUGGCACUGUGCUGGGACCUGCGGCCGGACUCGCCGGCUCUCGAACCCAGGCCCCCCACGCACAUCGACGGCUCCAACGGCAGCGCCGCGCCCGCCGUGUUCGCGCUGGUGCCGCCCGUGAGGCCUGCCUGGGAGGACACCGAGAAGACGGCAGACAAGGAAAAAGACGACGGAGUGAAGGCCGAGAAUGGGAGGAAGGCAUCUGCAAACAACCGGGGCAGUGCAAAGAAUGGCAAUGCAAAUGGCGGUAACAACAAAAUGAAUAGGAGGAAAAGAAGCAACGAUUCGGCCAGCAAGCAUAAUGGCAACAGCGCCAACGGGAACGGCCACAGGCAGAGCCUCAAUGGCAACGGUGGAGGCAGUGGCAGAGGCAGCAAUGGCGGUGGUGGCAGUGCUGCCAACAACGGGACUGAAGCGAGGCUGGACAGCGGCAGUGUUGCCACCAGCGAAGACAACAAACACAAUGGAAACCACACUGACAACAACAACCAGCGAGGGUGCAGCAACGGUAACUGUGAUGGUGCGUCCCAAGACGGUGUGAGACCAUGUUCCGGCAGCAACUGUAACACCAUAGAGGGCAGCAUCGUCAGUGGCAAACGUGUGGGGACCGCUGACAGCAGGCACAAUGGAGAAGGCAGGUCGACAGGAGAGAGCAAGCGGCCAGGGGAGGCGAACGGCAGGGGGAGCCAGCAGCCUGCGAGGAACGGCGUGGCGCUCCACAGGGCCAAGUCCGCCGCCGCCCCCAACCCUGCAGAGAGCGGGGGCGGGACUGUGGGCUCGCACGCCAGGAGCAAGUCGGCGGCGCCCGCCGGCAGUGCGAGGCUGGGUUCCGAGGACCAGUCUAACAGCCUGAGCUCCAUCAGGAUGGUCACACGACGUGGGGUAUCCAGCAGUCCCAAGGACCGCGCAUCUCCUCCAGACCGCAACAAUAAUGUCAACAAUCACAGCAGGAACAACCCCACCGGUAAGAAGCCCACUCGGCACAGAAGUUCGCCCAACCUGCGAGUCGGCUGUACGGCCUGCAGCAGCGGCAGUGGAGGCGCCGGGGGUGGAGGAGCACUGCCACCCCCAGAGCCGUACAAGAUGGCCUUCAAGGCGGGGUCGCCGGAGUCCUCCUCUGGUGGUGGCGGCAGCAGCGCCGGGAGCGGUGGAGACAAGAAGAUGUCUGUAUACAAAGUACCUCGGCCGCGUGCACCCUUUGCCAAGCGCUGCUACAGCAUUGACACGCUGACCCCACCCUUCUCACUGUGGCCUGGUCAGCAAGGAGGCUAUCCCGAACACUGGAGGCUGGCCUCCGUCUAUCAGCAUGCCUUCAAGCCCAUUGAGAUGCGUCGGAAACCGCUUCUCGCUUCAGUAUACCAGUAG